GGAUAGGACCAAAAGAACCAACCAAAGACCUUAAUUUUUAUUUUUAUUUUUAUAUUUUGGUCUUUUUUAGGAUCUGAUCAGAUUCUUCCGAGGGUUGGAGAAGAUGUUAAUGGGAGUCUCAUGAAUCUUUUCUCUGCAAAGACUCAACUGCUGUAAAACGUAAACCUUUUCCGUAAAUCUUGAAUUCUCUUCGUCUCUCUCUCUUACUGGAGUUGUCUUGACGGAACUCUCCGAUCUGAAGAAAUAUUUUUUCUUGAUCUUCAAAGAUUUGAAGACAAGAUGACUGCUUUAUUUGAAAACAAUAUGACCUCUAGUGGCGAAAAUUUGGCAACUGCUAUAGUGCCUUUGAUGAAACUUAUCUCGCUUACAAUUAUAGGAUUGAUUCUUGCACACCCAAAAAGCCAAAUCAUCCCCAAAGCAACAUUUAAGCUCCUAAGCAAGUUAGUUUUUGCCCUGUUCUUGCCCUGCCUAAUCUUCACUGAGCUUGGCGAAAGCAUUACACUUGAAAACUUUGCUCUUUGGUGGUUUAUUCCUGUUAAUGUACUCGUUAGUACAAUUAUUGGUUUCUUUCUUGGGCUAUUAGUUGUGGCUAUUUGUAAACCGCCGCCACAAUUUAACAGGUUCACCAUCAUCAUGACUGCCUUUGGCAACACUGGGAAUCUUUCUCUAGCAAUUGUUGGAUCUGUCUGUCAUACUAAAGAUAGCCCAUUUGGAGCUCAUUGCCACUCAAGGGGAGUGGCUUAUGUCUCUUUUGCACAAUGGGUUGCUGUAAUUCUGGUCUACACACUUGUUUAUCAUAUGAUGGAACCACCGUUGCAGUUUUAUGAGAUUGUUGGGGAAGGGAUUGAGAUUGAGGAACAACGACCAGCUACUGAUGUCAGUAGACCUCUCCUUGUAGAAGCUGAAUGGCCAGGUAUUGAGGAUAAGGAAACUGAACAUGCCAAGACUCCUUUCAUUGCUAGAAUUUUUAAUAGCAUCUCAAACCUAUCACAAACCAAUUUCCCUGAUAUUGAUCUUUCUGGAGAUGGUUCUGCAAACAGUCCCAGGUCCAUUAGGUGUUUGGCUGAGCCAAGAGUUGUGAGGAGAAUCCGUAUUGUGGCAGAGGAAACUCCUAUACGGCACAUACUUCAACCUCCAACAAUUGCUUCUUUAUUAGCUAUCAUUAUUGGAAUGGUGCCUCAGCUAAAAGCUUUUGUAUUUGGAUAUGAUGCUCCAUUAUCUUUUAUCACAGACAGUUUAGAGAUUUUAGGUGGUGCUAUGGUGCCUUCUGUUAUGCUUAUUCUUGGAGGCAUGCUAGCUGAAGGGCCAAAUGAGUCUACCCUCGGUCUUCGAACCACAAUUGGAAUAUCUGUAGCUAGGCUUUUGGUGCUUCCUCUUCUGGGAAUUGGCAUUGUAGCAUUGGCUGAUAAGCUGAAUUUUCUUGUACAGGGCGACUCAAUGUACAGAUUCGUGCUCUUGUUACAAUACACAACACCAAGCGCUAUUUUAUUGGGAGCAAUUGCAAGCCUGAGGGGGUAUGCAGUGAAGGAGGCUUCUGCACUUCUCUUCUGGCAGCAUGUCUUUGCUCUCUUAUCCCUUUCCUUGUAUAUUGUGAUCUACUUCAAAUUACUUUCUUAUAUUUGAGGUAUCCUUGUACUCUUACUCUCUGUCAGCAUCCAUCAGGUUUGCCGACCUCUCGCAUUGAAAACUAUGGAUUUAUUUGUUUGCUCUGUGUACUCUACUGGAUAGUGUUGUUGAUGAAUGGUGCUUCCUGCAAGUUGAUUUGCAGAAUCUAAAUAUCACUUGUCUG